AUGACUGCCAAUCUGCAGCAGAACAACGCGGCAGGGGCGGCGGACAGCCAUGGCUCGAGCUGCCAGAUGCUAUUAAAUCAACUGCGAGAAAUCACAGGCAUCCAGGAUCCUUCCUUCCUUCAUGAAGCAUUAAAGGCCAGUAAUGGUGACAUCACCCAGGCUGUCUGCCUUCUCACUGACCAAAGAGUUAAGGAGCCCACUCACGACACGACUGCUACAGAAUCGUCUGAAGGUGAAGGGAGCACUACCAGCAGAGAACUGUUAGCAAAAGUAAUAGACCUUACUCAUGACAACAAAGAUGACCUUCAUGCAGCCAUUGCCUUGAGUCUACUGGAGUCUCCUAAGAUUCAAACUGAUGGCAGAGAUCUUAAUAGAAUGCAUGAGGCAAACUCUGCAGAAACUAAGCGCUCAAAGCGAAAACGCUGUGAAGUUUGGGGAGAAAACCACAAUCCCAAUAACUGGAGGAGAGUGGAUGAUUGGCCAGUUGGGCUGAAAAAUGUUGGCAACGCAUGCUGGUUCAGUGCUGUUAUUCAGUCUCUCUUUCAGUUGCCUGAGUUCCAAAGACUUGUUCUCAGCUAUAGUCUACCACAGAACAUACUUGAAAACUGUCGAAGUCACACUGAAAAGAGAAAUAUCCUGUUUAUGCAAGAGCUUCAGUAUUCAUUUGCUCUACUGUUGGGAUCAAAUCGAAAAUUUGUAGAUCCUUCUGCAGCCCUGGAUCUGCUGAAGGGAACCUUCUGGUCAUCAGAGGAGCAGCAGCAAGAUGUGAGUGAAUUCAAACAAAAGCUCCUGGAUUGGCUGGAGGAUGUGUUCCAGCUAGCUGUUAAUGUUAACAGCAAUCCCAGGAAUAAACCUGAAAAUCCCAUGGUGCAGCUGUUCUAUGGUACUUUCCUGACAGAAGGGGUUCGAGAAGGAAAACCCUUUUGUAACAACGAGACCUUCUGCCAGUAUCCUCUCCAGGUAAAUGGUUAUCGCAACUUAGACGAAUGCUUGGAAGGGGCCAUGGUGGAAGGUGACAUUGUGCUGCUUCCUUCCGAUCAUUCGGUGAAGUAUGGACAAGAGCGUUGGUUUACCAAACUACCUCCAGUGUUGACCUUUGAACUCUCCAGAUUUGAGUUUAAUCAAUCUCUUGGGCAGCCAGAGAAAAUUCAUAAUAAGCUGGAAUUUCCUCAGAUUAUUUACAUGGAUAGGUACAUGUACAAGAGCAAAGAGCUUAUUCGAAGUAAGAGAGAGAGUGUUCGAAAGUUGAAGGAGGAAAUAUAGGUUCUGCAGCAAAAAUUGGAAAUGUAUGUGAAGUACGGCUCCGGCCCAGCUCGGUUCCCAUUCCCCGACAUGUUGAAAUACGUUAUUGAAUUUUCCAGUACAAAACCUGCCUCUGAAAGCUGUCUGUCUGGAAGUGCUGACCACACGACAUUACCACCUCCUUCAGUGCACUGCCCGGUUUCUGACCUCACAUCCAAGGAAAGUUCAAGUCCAGAAAACUGUUCUCAGAAUGCUGAAGGCACCUUUUCCUCUCCUGAAAAUACUCUGCCCAGGUGUGAUGUAAUGAAUGGACCGUUUACCUCCCCCCACUCCUCCCUGGGAAUGCCUGCGUCCCCAGCUCCUCGGAUUAUCACUGAUGAGGAGAUGAACUUUGUUAAAACCUGCCUUCAGAGGUGGCGGAGUGAAAUUGAACAGGAUAUACAAGAUUUAAAGGAUUGCAUAGCGAGCACCACCCAGGCUAUCGAGCAGAUGUAUUGUGAUCCUCUUCUUCAUCAGGUGCCUUACCGUUUACAUGCCGUUCUUGUUCACGAAGGACAAGCCAAUGCUGGACACUACUGGGCUUACAUCUACAACCAACCUCGGCAAAUUUGGCUCAAAUAUAAUGAUAUCUCUGUCACUGAGUCUUCCUGGGAGGAACUUGAAAGAGAUUCUUAUGGGGGUCUGAGAAAUGUCAGUGCAUAUUGCUUGACAAUUGACAAGCUACUCCACUUCAAUGCAGAGGCAGCUCCUAACGAGUCUGAUCAAAUGGCGUGAGAAGUGGAAGCCCUGUCUGUGGAACUCAGGCAGUACAUUCAGGAAGAUAACUGGAGGUUUGAGCAAGAGGUGGACGAAUGGGAAGAAGAGUAGUCCUGUAAGAGCCCACAAAUGGAGUCCUCCCCAAACUCCUCAUCACAGGAUUUCUCCACAUCUCAAGAGUCUUCAGCAGCCUCCUCUCAUGGCGUUCGAAGCUUGUCCUCUGAACAUGCUGUGAUUGCAAAGGAGCAGACUGCCCAAGCUAUUGCAAAUACAGCCCAUGCCUAUGAGAAGAGUGGAGUAGAAGCGGCCUUGAGUGAGGCAUUUCAUGAAGAAUACUCCAGGCUCUAUCAGCUUGCCAAAGAGACCCCCACCUCUCACAGUGACCCUCGCCUUCAGCAUGUCCUUGUCUACUUUUUCCAAAAUGAAGCACCCAAAAGGGUAGUAGAACAAACCCUUCUGGAACAGUUUGCAGAUAGAAACCUUAGCUAUGAUGAGAGAUCUAUCAGUAUCAUGAAGGUGGCUCAGGCCAAACUAAUGGAAAUUGGUCCAGAUGAUAUGAACACGGAAGAGUAUAAGAGGUGGCAUGAAGAUUACAGUUUGUUCUGAAAGGUGUCUGUGUACCUCCUAACAGGCCUGGAACUCUUUCAGAAAGGAAAGUACCAGGAAGCACUGUUCUAUCUAGUAUAUGCCUACCAGAGCAAUGCCGCCCUGCUGAUGAAGGGGCCCCGCAGGGGUGUGAAGGAGUCUGUGAUCACGUUAUACCGCAGAAAAUGCCUUCUCGAGCUCAAUGCCAAGGCUGUUUCUCUUUUUGAAACAAAUGAGGACCACUCUGUAACAGAGGGCAUUAAUGUGAUGAAUGAGUUGAUCAUUCCCUGUAUCCAACUGAUCGUUAACAACGACAUCUCCAAGGAUGACUUGGAUGCCAUUGAAGUCAUGAGAAAUCAUUGGUGCUCUUACCUAGGGAAGGAUAUUGCAGAAAAUCUGCAGCUGUGCUUAGGGGAGUUUCUACCCAGGCUUCUAGAUCCUUCUGCAGAAAUCAUCAUCUUGAAAGUGCCUCCAACUAUUAGACCGAAUUCCCCCUAUGACCUUUGCAGCCGGUUUGCAGCUGUCAUGGAGUCCAUUCAAGAAGUUUCAACAAUGACAGUGAAAUAA